AUGCACCAUCUAUCUGCCCUGCAGAAUGAGGGACUUCAUAUUUGGGAUGCACACAUUGACCGUGUCUUCACAUCAAAUUUGUAUCUCAUCUACAUUACUGCAGAUGGUCCAGGGCUUGUGUACUUUGAUGGAAUGGUAGGACAUAGUGGGAAGAAUGGAUGCCAUCUCUACUGUGGUCUUCUUGGACAUUGCAAGGGAACACACUACUACCCUGCACUAUUGCUUCCAAACAAUUAUCAUAUUCCAGGUAGCGAUUACCCAGACAUUAGUAUCUAUGAUCUACCAAAUGCAGCAUCACCAGAAUAUGCAGUGAAUCUUGAAAAGCUCAUUGCUGCCCCCAAUCAGACUCAAUAUGAGAAGCUUCAUACUGAGACUGGCCUCACAAAACCUAGUUUAUUACUGGGUCUUUCCCCCCAUCAUACUCUCAGAAUUCCACAGUGUCUAACUCCUGACAUGAUGCAUCUCGCACAGCUUCUUUUGGACCUCUUGCUAUCCUUAUGGUGA